AACCCCGCGCUUGGGUUUUACGACAAAAAUGUGUUGACUUAAUACGUUUAGCCAACAUUCUACGCCGAAGUGUUAUCGUCCAGCACGCUAGCCUUAUCUGCUGUUCUUGCCUUCAUCUCCGAUUUCUUCCUAUUCAAAGCUGUAGAAUUUCAGUGGGUGUGUUUGUGUUGGUGUUCUUGUUCCAUGGAUGAAACAAUUGGACCUAGGUUGUACAGCUGCUACAAGUGUAAAAAUCAUGUUUCUGUUCAUGAUGAUAUAAUCUCAAAGGACUUCCAGGGAAGGAAUGGAAGAGCGUUUCUAUUUUCUCACGUGAUGAAUAUUCGAGUUGGGACCAAAGAAGACAGACAUCUCACGACUGGUCUUCACACAGUUGCUGAUAUAUUCUGUUCAGAUUGCCACGAGUUGUUAGGGUGGAAGUAUGAACGAGCAUACGAGCCAACGCAGAAGUACAAGGAAGGGAAGUUCAUACUCGAGAAGUCAAAAAUCGUCAAAGAGAAUUGGUAGCGCCAUUCCCAUCCGCUCGCUCGCUAAGAUAUUACCACAGAUCAGUGCAAGUGUAAUUACAUAUAUUAUCUUGUGUGCAAUCCAUAUAGAAAACACUAGAAGAAAUUGGUUGAUAUUUGAAUUGAACACUUCUUUCAUCUGUCAUUCCUUCUCUAUUAUUCCACAAUCACUACCUGAGGGUGUGCACGGGGUAAACCUCAUCUUGUAUCUCACUGUAUGUAUGUGUGUAUGUAUAUGUACUAGACAUCAAUCAAGUUUGAGGCAUUUCCCUUUAUCAGUAGAUUUAUGCCUUCU